AUGGCUCGCACCUCUUCUCGCCGGGCCGCACAGAAGGCCAAAGAAGCCAUUUCUACAACAAGUGAAACGGGUGGCAAAGCGAGCGUGGGCGCAAAACGCAAAGCCCCGGAGCAAAAGGCACCAGCGCCCAAGAAAGAGAAAAAGGAAGAAAAGUCACAUCAAGAAGAGGAGGUGACGAUAGAAAACAAGCCAGAGCCGAAGGUUGAAAAGCCACCAGAACCAGAGUUGGAGACCAAAGAAAAACAACCGGAGCAAUCGGAGGAAAAGGUAGAGCCAGACGCGGAGGUCGACAAUGUUUCAGCAAAAUCUCCCAAGGAGGGAGAGGAAGCUCCUGCAGCUCCGACCUCAACCCCCCAACCCGGCGCUCAAUCAGAGCGAAACGUCGAGUCUGGUAUCCGCAACUCUGAGGAGCGGGAAGACAAAGUCUCUUCCAAUGUUCUAGAAAAGGGCAUAGUUUACUUCUUUUUCCGGCCUCGGGUCAACGUCGAGGAUCCCGAGGGAGUAGAAGACGUCGCUCGCAGCUUCUUCGUGCUGCGUCCAAUGCCGCUAGGUGCUGAGCUGGGUUCAGGACAAGGUCCAGUCGACAAAGAUGCCCGAUGUCGCCUGUUGCUGCUCCCGAAGAAAAAGUUUCCCACAUCGGGCAAGGAGCGAGACAUGGGGUUCGUGGAAAAGACCAACCAGUCGAUGAAAGAUCUACAGGAGAACUUUGUUGCCGGCUCUACAUAUCAGACCUCUACUCGUGGCGAGCGCCACGUUGAAGAGGCUCGUCCGUACGCGGAGGGAGUCUAUGCACUUACGUCCACUCGACGGGCAUCUCACCUAGCCUACGUGCUGACUAUUCCUCACGAGAUUGGAGAAAUCCAGGAGAACUUUGGACUACAUCAGCGUGGGAGCUUCAUCGUCCAAUCCAAGAAUCCGAAGUACCCUGGUCCCUCAUUUGCUAGGUUGCCAAAGGAACCUGAAUACCCCGAGUCGGUUAUGGAGAAAUUUGGUGACCUUCGAUGGUUGCCUCUACAGCCCGAGUUUAUCGAAUAUCCGAAUGCUCAAUUCUUAAUGAUCGGGGAGGCGCAGGACUCAUUGGGCAAAGCCGCCACGGCUGAGGGGGGAAAGAAGCCACACGAGAUAGAGCCAGGAGAGGAGCUAGAGAGGAUGGAACAUGAAAAUGAGGAUCGGAUCCAGGCACUAGAUGGCGAUUCAACUAUCUUCCUGGAUCUUGGUUUGGAUGCGAAGAAGUAUACCGGCGUGCCGACGACGUGGGGUGCUGAAGAGACGACUGCUUGA